GCGCCUCGACGAAAGGCCAAAAAGGAAAAUAAAAGCAAUGUAAACAACCCAAGCAAAGUGGGGAUCUCCCGAACUUCCCAUUUCAGGGGUCUCUGCCUCCGCCUCCGCGUGCGCCGUCGGCUUCGCCUUUCUAGGUUUCCGCCGCCGGUUAUGGAGACACCGGCGGGAGGUUCCGCCGAUCGCCGGGUAACCGGGUCUGGCGCCUCUGCCGGUGCUGCGGCUUCUAGCCUCAGCCGCUACGGUCUCAAUUUCUCCGCCUCCAGCCUUCUCCAGGCUCCGCUCGCCGCGCUCCUCGAGUACUCAGGCGUUGUCCCCUCCGGGCCCGUCCCGCAGACGGUGCAGCAGGCGGUACCCUCCUCCUCAUCGUCGUCUGAGGCUGACGGGCUACUUUCUGCCGCCGCUGCUGGGGAUGGAGAGGUCUCGAUUCGGAUCCAGGGUGACCCCGGCGACCCUGACACGGCGAGCGCGACGGCUACAGGGGCCUCGCCGCAGGACUCAAUUGAGGUGGCCGCCUCCUCCAACUUUGACCCGGUCUCCGUGGCGGGAAGGGGAGGCGGUGCUGAUGCGGAGGCAAGCGGCGGUGGCAGUGGCGGUGCUACGGGAAAUGGGGCUGGGGACCGCCCAUAUCAGCGUUACGACGUGCACCACGUUGCUCGGUGGAUCGAGCAGAUACUACCAUUCUCGCUGCUGUUGCUCGUUGUCUUCAUUCGGCAGCAUCUCCAAGGUUUCUUCGUCACAAUUUGGAUUGCUGCUGUAAUGUUCAAGUCAAAUGAUAUAUUGAAGAAGCAAACUGCAUUGAAGGGUGAGAGAAAAGUUGCUAUGCUUGUUGGAAUCACCAUAAUCUUCAUGGUCCAUGUGUUUGGCGUCUAUUGGUGGUACAUGAACGAUUAUCUUCUUAGACCUCUGUUCAUGGUUCCUCCAAAAGAUAUACCACCAUUCUGGCAUGCAAUUUUUAUCAUCAUGGUUAACGAUACAAUGGUCCGCCAAGCAGCGAUGACCGUCAAGUGCAUGCUACUUAUGUACUACAAGAACAGCAGAGGCCGUAACUACCGUAGGCAGGGACAAAUGCUAACACUUGUGGAGUACCUUCUGCUUCUAUAUCGUGCUUUAUUGCCGACUCCUGUUUGGUACCGUUUCUUUCUGAACAAGGAAUAUGGGAGUCUGUUCUCAUCUUUAACUACUGGGCUAUACCUGACUUUCAAGUUGACUUCGGUAGUUGAGAAGGUUCAAUCAUUCUUAUCUGCAGUGAAAGCAUUGUCACGUAAAGAUGUGCACUAUGGGUCUUAUGCGACAGUAGAACAGGCAAGUGCUGCCGGUGAUAUGUGUGCCAUCUGCCAGGAAAAGAUGCACGUUCCUGUUCUCCUUCGCUGUAAACAUAUUUUCUGCGAGGACUGUGUCUCUGAAUGGUUUGAGCGAGAACGAACUUGCCCUUUGUGUAGAGCAUUGGUAAAGCCUGCUGACAUUCGGUCAUUUGGUGAUGGUUCUACAAGUCUCUUCUUCCAGUUGUUUUAGAGCCCAAAUGGCAAACCCUAACACAUAACAAUCGAUCACAAGCAAUUGGCUAUAAGAAAAGUCCAGGUGGAAGUCCUUUGUUCUUUAUGAUGUGGCACCAUCUUCCCUGUGGAAUGAGGAUACUGAGAAUGUUUGUGAAAAUUAUCUCAUUGCAACCAUUCCGUUCAUGCAUAUGUUCAAGCAAUGGUUCGGGUCAGUUGCAGCAUCUGCAUAAGUUUGCAACAGCAGGAAAUAUAGCUGGAGGAAUCUGCUCCUGCGAAUCCUGAAGUGCCGGACCACAUCUUGCUAUUGACUUGUGUAAUGUAAAUUUGGUAACAUUUUUUUACAAAAGUGAAUGCGUUUUGGUUUAAUUCGAGCUUGCAAGUUUUGCAUUCUAGCAGAAUUCUGUUUGAGAAAGGGGUAGAAAUGUAACCUGUAAAGCUGUGAUAUAUGAAAUGUUGAGAGCCGUAUACAUUGUACUAUUUACAAACAGUAAAUAUUACGAGGACCACAAUAUUAACA